GUUCCCCAAUUCUUCUUUCUUCCUCUUCCUCUCUCUCUCUCUGGUUUCCGUCGCCGUCGAUUCGAUCGGAGAGAACGAAAAGCUUCUGGAUCCGACAUGUCGUUCUCCGACUCCGAUUCGUCGUCCUACGGCGCCGACUACAAGAAUUUCAAGCAAAUCAGCCGCGAUCGGCUAUUGCAUGAAAUGCUCCGGUCUUGUAAAUCGGGGGACUCAAAAUCAACUUGGAAGGUAUUGAUUAUGGACAAACUUACUGUCAAGAUAAUGUCUUAUGCAUGCAAAAUGGCUGAUAUUACAGAUGAAGGAGUAUCAUUGGUUGAAGAUAUAUAUAGGCGAAGGCAGCCGUUGCCCUCCAUGGAUGCUAUAUACUUUAUGCAGCCUUCAAAAGAGAAUGUUAUCAUGUUCUUGUCAGACAUGUCUGGAAGAUCACCGUUAUACAGAAAGGCAUUUGUUUUCUUCAGUUCACCUAUUCCAAAAGAAUUGGUCAGUCAUAUCAAGAAGGAUGCAACAGUCUUAACUCGCAUAUCUGCUUUGAGAGAGAUGAAUUUGGAAUAUUUUGCUAUAGACAGCCAGGCUUUUGUUACCAACAAUGAGAAGGCUUUAGAGGAACUUUAUGGGGAUGAGGAGAAUUCACGCAAAGGUGUUGCAUGUUUAAAUGUGAUGGCAGCUCGAGUUGCCACGGUUUUUGCUUCUUUAAGGGAAUUUCCUCAUGUGCGAUACCGAGCUGCCAAGUCCCUUGAUGCCACCACAAUGACUACUUUUCGUGAUUUGAUUCCUACAAAACUUGCUGCCGGGAUCUGGGAUUGUCUAAUGAAAUAUAAGAAAACUAUUCCAAACUUUCCCGAGACAGAAACAUGCGAGUUGCUUAUCCUUGACAGAUCUGUUGAUCAGAUUGCACCAAUCAUACAUGAAUGGACUUAUGAUGCCAUGUGUCAUGACUUGCUAAAUAUGGACGGCAAUAAAUAUGUGCAGGAAGUUCCAGGCAAAAAUGGUGGUCCACCAGAAAAAAAAGAGGUCCUCUUAGAGGAUCAUGAUCCUGUUUGGCUUGAGCUUCGCCAUGCACAUAUAGCAGACGCUAGUGAACGGUUACAUGAUAAAAUGACCAGCUUUGUAUCAAAGAAUAAGGCUGCACAAAUGCAUGGUUCCAGAGAUACUCACGAGCUAUCUACAAGGGACUUGCAAAAGAUGGUUCAAGCAUUGCCACAAUACAGUGAACAAAUUGACAAGCUCUCCCUCCAUGUAGAGAUUGCGGGGAAAGUUAACAAAAUUAUCAGGGAGCUUGGGCUUCGAGAACUUGGGCAGUUAGAGCAGGAUCUUGUUUUUGGAGAUGCGGGGAUGAAAGAUGUAAUAAAAUUUUUGACAACAAAAGAGGAUACAACUGGUGAAAAUAAGUUGCGCUUGUUGAUGAUUCUUGCAGCCAUUUAUCCUGAAAAAUUUGAGGGGGAGAAGGGUCACAAUUUGAUGAAGCUAGCCAAAUUACCACCCGAUGAUAUGAAGGCUGUGAGUAAUAUGAGACUGCUUGGUGAUUCAUUAGAUAGCAAGAAGAGCUCGGGAACUUUUUCUUUGAAGUUUGAUCUUCACAAGAAGAAACAUACAGCUAGGAAAGAGCGUCCAAAUGACCAAGAAACAUGGCAGCUAUCCCGUUUCUAUCCCAUCAUAGAGGAACUUAUAGAAAACCUUAGCAAAGGUGAACUUUCAAAGGAAGAUUAUCCGUGUUUAAAUGACCCAAGUCCAAGUUUUCAUGGGACAUCACAUAGUACACCAGUACAUCAGCAACCUCAUUCAAUGAGAUCAAGAAGGACACCAACAUGGGCUCGCCCUCGGAAUUCUGAUGAUGGGUAUUCAAGUGAUUCAGUAUUAAGACACGCAUCUAGUGAUUUCAAGAAGAUGGGCCAGCGCAUAUUUGUAGUAAUAGUAGGUGGAGCUACUAGAUCAGAGCUUAGGGUUUGCCACAAACUCACAGCUAAGUUGAAGCGGGAAGUUGUUUUAGGCUCCUCGGGUCUUGAUGAUCCUGCACCCUUUAUAACGAGACUGAAGAUGCUCACAGAGAAUGACCUCUCAUUGGAUGAUCUCCAGAUCUGAAUGUGAGGACAUAUGAAUUCGGGGAAUGAGAUUCUUAUGGGUUCUAAUUUGUAAUCAUAGAAACAUGCAUUACCUCAGUGUAUCUAUUAUUCAUUAUAACCUUUGUGAGUUUUGACAUUUGAUGUAAAAUUCUGCCUUGUGAUAUUAAUAGAUAGAGCUUCAGCUUGUU